CUCCCUGAAGAAAAGCCAACCCCACGCGAAGAAGAAGAGGAAGCAAAGGCAAAGAAAACAAAAGAAAGAAAGAGCAGAAUAAGGUGUCUCUCUCUUGGACUGAUUCUUUCCAAUCGCAUCUCUUUCUCUCUCUAUCUCUCUCCCUCCCCGGUUAUACCUAUAUAUCAAACAAAGGAACAAAGAAACAAAGAAAGAAAAAAAGAGAAGCAUAUCAAACAAGGCCAAGGCAAAGCAAAAGUAGGUGAAAAACCAAAACAAGGAAAAGGAAAUGAGAAAUGAGAAGAAGGGUGAUUUGGGUUAUGCUACAGCAACUUGCUAUUGAGCUUAUCGUUCAUUCUUGAUUGAUUGAUUGAUUCCUUUAUCUUCUUCUUCUUUAUCUUCUUCAAAGUUUAUUGCUUUCUCCUCACAUUGCUAUAAUGGCCGUUCAAGCUCAAUACCCUUCAAAUGUCCUUCUCUUAAACAGAAGCGGACAAGAGGGGCAUGAGUUUUCGUUGCAGCAACAAGCAGGAGUUUUUCUUGAUCAAUCCCAUAUGAUAUUCAACAAUGGAAGCAACCAUGGUAAUAUCAACAAUCAAAAUAAUAAUCCACGGAAAAGAGGAAGAGAAGUUGCAGGGGCAAUAACAGCGCCCAUCAAUUCAUUUUCUAUGCAAACGCAACCGCCUCAGUUGAUAGACCUUUCUCAACUACACCAACCAAAUGUAGUCUCCACCGGCCUCCGUUUAUCUUUUGGCGACCAACAACACAACUUACAGCAGAAUCAAAACCAAAGUUUUCAACACCAACAACAGCACCACCAACAACAACAAAAUCUUGUUUCCAACUCCUCUGCUUUUAUGUCAAUAAUAUCCGAUGAUUUGGCUACCCAAAUCAAACGGCAAAGAGAAGAAUUGGACCAGUUUCUUCAAGUUCAGGGAGAGGAAUUACGGCGCAUGUUAGCGGAGAAACGGAACAGGCACUACCGUGCGCUACUGGGGGCAGCGGAGGAAUCUGUGGCGAGGAGAUUAACAGAGAAAGAAGCUGAAGUGGAGAAGGCGACGCGCCGGAACGCCGAGUUGGAGGCACGCGCUGCGCAACUCAGCGUGGAGGCUCAGGUUUGGCAGGCGAAAGCCAGGGCACAGGAGGCAACAGCGGCUUCAUUACAAGCGCAGCUCCAACAGGCUAUAAUGAGCGGAGGGGCUGCCGCGGCGCAGGAUAUCAGGAGAGGGGAGGAGGGGCUAAAGUGCGGAGGGGGAGUGGAGGGACAGGCGGAGGACGCCGAGUCGGCUUACGUGGACCCGGAGCGGGUGGCUGCUUCGGGACCGGUUUGCAAGGCGUGUAGAACACGUGUCGCGUCGGUGGUUCUUCUGCCGUGUCGGCAUCUUUGCUUGUGUACAGAGUGUGACCGAGUGGCACAAGCCUGCCCGCUUUGCCUCACCGUCAGGAAUUCUAGCGUUGAGGUUUUUCUUUCCUAAAAAAAAAGGUUAAAAAAAGUCAAAAACAAAAAGUUGGCCAAAAAAAAAAAGCAAAUCAAAAUAAAUAUAAUAAUAAAUUUUCUUUUUUCUUCUCUUUUUUUUGAGGGUCUGAUAUUAUGGUUGUUCACCCAAGACCCAGAAAUUUUACCUUUUCUUUUUUUUUCGCCUUGGUUCCCCCUCUUGGAGGUAAUGUACAUUGGCCACUUGGGUAGUGGCAUUGUUUUUCUUUUCUUUUUUAAUUUUUAGAAAUUUAAUUCAUAUAUAAAUUCUUUUAUUCGAUAAAUCCUUCGUUAAAAUGUUGUUAAA